AUGGACGCGCCGUCGAGCAGCACGAGCACGAGCACCAACAGCAGCCGGAGCGCCUCCGAGCAGCACCAGCAGCAGCGCCACCACCACCACCAGGCGGCGGGGCACCAGCCGCACCACCCGUUCUACUACGCCGCCGCAGCCAACACGGGGGGGAUGGCGCCGUUCAUGGGGUCGCUGGCCAUCGCGCCCGCCGCCACGUCCGUCGUGGGCGGCGCGGGGGAGGUGCAGCAGCUGGCGCAGCAGCAGCAGCAGUCGGCGGCGGCGGCGCCCGCAGGUGCAGGAUCGUCCGGCGGCGCUGCCGCCGCGGACAAGAAGAAGGCCGUGGUGCCCGCGGGGAGCAACAAGCGGCCCACCAAGGACCGGCACACCAAGGUGGAGGGCCGGGGGCGGCGGAUACGGAUGCCGGCGCUGUGCGCGGCGCGGGUGUUCCAGCUCACGCGGGAGCUGGGCCACAAGACGGACGGCGAGACCAUCGAGUGGCUGCUGCAGCAGGCGGAGCCCGCCAUCGUGGCCGCCACCGGGACCGGGACCAUCCCGGCCAACUUCUCCUCGCUCGCCGUCUCCCUCCGCUCUGGCGCCUCGCACCCGUCCUCCGCCUCCGCGCGCCGCGGCCGCCUUCCACCACCUCCCUCCGGCGCACACGCAGCACGAGGUCGCCGCCAUGCUCGGCUGGAACCACCAUCACCACCAGCAGCAGCUUCUCCCACCGCCUCCGCACCACCACCACCACCACCAGCAGGCGCCGCAAGAUCCCGGCGCCGGGGAGUUCAUGAGGAAGCGCUACAGGAGGGCGCCGACGACCUGUUCAAGGACCCCGCCACGCGCCAGCACCAUCCCGACGACGGCGACGGCGGCCGCGGCGGCGCCGAGGGGGACGCCGAGGAGCACAAGGCCCGCGUGACGCCAACCACCGCAAUGUGGGCCGUGGCGCCCAACAGCGCCGGCGGCGGCGCUUUCUGGAUGCAGCCCACGUGGGCGUUCGGCGGCGGCGGCGGCGGGAGCACGGUGCAGGCGCCGCUCCAGUUCAUGUCAACAAGCAGAAGCCGCAACAACUUCCCCGCCGGGACGACGAUGGACGCCAACAUCGGCAUGCUCGCCGCGCUCAACGCCAGCGGCGGCGGCGUCCAGCAGCAGCAGCACCAGCACCAGCAGCAGGACGAGGGGCAGCAGCCGCCGGAGAUGGCCCAGCGCCACCGCGGCGCGAACGGCGGCGACGCUGGGCGUGGCGCCGCGAGCCCCCAGUAA